AUGCAGAGUGGAGCAAGGAUAAACAUUUCCGAUGGAUCAUGUCCUGAGAGAAUAGUCACAAUAACAGGCUCUACGGUAGCAAUAAACUCGGCAUUUGAGCUUAUCACUAAAAAGUUUGAUGAGGACCUUUCAAAUUCAGUGUUAACAUCCGGUACCCCCAAGCCCCCUGUUUCAUUACGUCUUAUUGUACCUACAAGUCAGUGUGGUUCCCUCAUAGGAAAGGGUGGCGCAAAAAUCAAAGAUAUCAGAGAGACGACUAGUGCAUCAAUCACAGUGGCUAGUGAGAUGCUACCCAGCUCAACAGAAAGAGCAGUCACAAUCUCAGGAACUCCAGAAGCAAUAACCAAAGCCAUAGACCAAGUUUGCUGCGUCAUGCUUGAGUCACCUCCUAAAGGAGCUACCAUUCCAUACCGUCCAAAGGCUGCUACAGCACCCAUCAUAUUUGCUGGAGGCUCACAACAACAGGCAUAUGCUGUCCAUGGAAACUACGCUCUUGCCCAACCAGAUUUAACCAAGCUCCACCACCAACUUGCCCUGCACCACCAGCAAACCCCCUACGCAAUCCCUGGACAGACCCCAUUUUCUCCUGCAGCAUUGACACAGUUUGCAGCCCAAACAGCUGCCCCACCUCCACAGGUACAGGGACAAGCCACAACACAAGAAAUCACCAUUCCAAACCAUCUGAUUGGAUGUGUCAUUGGAAGAGGAGGAACAAAGAUUCAAGAAAUCAGGCAAAUGUCAGGAGCUAACAUCAAGAUUGCAAACUCACAAGAAGGGAGUACAGACAGAUCGGUUACCAUCACAGGGUCACCAGAAUCCGUUGCUGUAGCACAAUGUCUCAUCAAUACAAGCCUCGAGCUAGCAAAGGGGCUGACCUUCGACCCAUCGACCUUUGCUACCAGUGUGACCUCAUCCUCGUCCUCCAAAACGUCUCCGUCUCUCGUAUCCUCACCUCUGACCUCUGCCACCCUGUCCGCUAACCCCCUCACCCUCCUUCCUUCCACCAUGAACAACAACGGCACAGCAGUCGGCACGGUAACCACUUCGGCACCCACCCAUCUCACCAUCCCUCUCAACAAUCUUCUUAAGACGGUGCCGAUGCUCAACCUAGAGGCAGCAGGUCAGCUUGCUAAAUCCACCUACGCCACCAAGAUACGUGCAUCUGCAGCCAACUCUUCCAAGAAGUUCACCCCGUACUGAGUUUCAUCUCUUUCAAGUCUUUUACCUGGAUAAAGGGAAAGUAUUUGUACACAUCUACAGCAUUUGUGCUAACUUGAGAUAUAGCUUAUAUGAUGCCAUUACCAGUAUUCAGACAGUGUUCUCCAUGAGCUGAGAAGCUUAUUUGGGUAAUUCAGUGAUAUGUUUGAACAUGUAAAUUCUCAUUAAAUAGACUAGUUUUACUUCUAUUUAUUCAUGUUAAUGCAAUUUACGGACAUCAUAUUCCAGUUAUUAUGUCUAUAGGAUGACAGUGAGUUUACUACUUCUUAACUAUUCAACUUAUACUGAGGUAUAAAUGGUCAGAACCACCAAAUAAUGAGUCAAUAUGUUUUUUUUUAGGAAUGAAAGCUUGGUUAAGUUUUUUUAGUGUAGCAUGUCUCCUUAAAUUAUGAUUUUUUUAAUUAUAUAAUCUGAAUGCACACUAAUAGUUGUAAGCUACAUGUGCAACCCAUUUUCCUGAAUGUGAUCACAUGAAAUUACAUUUUUAUUACAUUAAUGAAAACCAACCUGAAUAUAAGCAAAUAUCAAACAAUAUUCUGAUCAUGUGUCUCAUUAUAGUAGUGAAAUAUAAUAAAAAAAGAAAACAUCAUGAUAGCUAAUUUUCCCAUUUAAAAACUUGUUUUUUUUUCUACUAAAGUUGGCUCAUUAUUUGAGGGUGUAAGAAACUUUGGUAACUGAUAUUUAUUACUUGUUCAUGUUUUUAGACGAAAAGAGGCUGUAUACUCUCUCUCUCUCUCUUCUCUUUUCUCUUUUAGCACUUUUAGAUCAGAUUUUUAGGAAAAGUACAUAUUCUUUUUCUUGCCUAAACAAGCUUGCUAAAAAUUACCUUCAUAAAAAUGUAAAUUUUACGACCCUCCUCAUUGAGUAGUUUACGUAGGAGUUGAUGCCCUAAGGGUUGCAAAGAAGACAGUAUAUUUACUCUGCCAAUACAUGUAUUCAUGUUAAAUUUUAUGUAGUUUUAUGUUUAAAAUACCACAUUGAUGUGAUGGCUAUUUCGUAUGAAUGUAGGGGGAAAAAAUAAUUUUGCUAUACAUACAGUGAUAAAUUUUUUCUUUUUAAUGUGUGUUACUUGUUUGCUGUACAUUAGAAUACGUAUGUAUUUGACAUGCAAAUUGUGAAUAAUUGUUUAUUCUUACUUGAUAUGUCAUUGUAUAUUUCCUAUGUAAUGAUGAAGACUUUCAUGAAAGCUAUGUAUUCAAUAUCUUAUUCACAUGGUUAUUUUUUUUUCUUCAUGAAUCAUGUACAGCAAUAUCAAGAGAAUGCAGAGAUUUUUUGAUUUUUUUCAAGCAUAUUUUAAAAGUUUCUGACAAUUAUCAAAGGAAGGGGGAUGUCUCAUCAGAGACUAGAAAGAUUUUUUUUUCUAGAAUGAAUUCAUUACCCAAAUUGGUUAGCACAAAUACUGAUAACGAGAAUUAGUUAAUUUCCUCUUCAUUACCCCUGCAGAAUUUUAUUAUUAAUGUCAUAUCACUGUAAGAGAUAUUUAAUAGUUCAGAGUGUAUAUUAGUUGGCUGUGACUUUAUUAAACAAAGAUUAGAUUGGGUUUUAAUGUGUAUUGAUAAAGAGAAUUGCCAAUUGGAUCUGUAUAGCCCCAUUUUUGUGCUAUUUGGUAGUGUACUUUUGUUUUUAAGGUUGCAGUAGAUAAACGUAUUGGGGUUAUAAAUAGAUUAUAGGCCUACACAUUUAUUAUAUGAAAACAUGAGGGGGAUGCCCCUCUGUUUCAUCCUUUUUUAGGUUAAGAAGAUAACUCAAUAAAUUAAUUAUCAUCAACAAUCUGCCAAGAUUAAAAAGAUGAAUUACACCACUUUCAGCAUUUCAAAUAAAUUUCUUUUCAUAAAGGUAUGAAAAUGAAUUUGAAUACCAGGAGUAUGAAAUUAAUAGGUCAAUGAACUUUACUAUUUCUCUAAAUCUACUGAAAUGUAAUCUAUCCAUCUUUUCUCAGUUUUAUUAUUUGGCUAAAUUUAUUCACAAUAUUGUUCCCAAAUUUUCUUUUUUUUAUUAUAUCCAUUAAUUUUUUUUAAAUGUAAAAAGAAUUUCUAAGAUAUUAAUUCAAUAUUUGGAAUGAAAUAAAUAAGUUAACUUUAUCAUAUGGAACCGAGUUGAUAAAAAAGGUGGGGAAAUUUUUUUGAAGAAUAGUAUAAAUUUGAAUUGCAUUCAACCAUGCCAUGCAAAAGUAGUCUUAUUUGAAGUUUUUAAAGAGAGAAUCUACCUCUGAAUUCUUGCCAUGUUGUUUUGAAAAUCUUCCUGACUUUGACAAUUCAAAUUUUAAAAAUGUAACAGUUUCAUCCCACCAGAGUCAAAUGUCUUCUUACAAGGCAAAUUGUUCUCCACAGAGAAAAAAAGACAUGUGAUGCCAUAAACUUUGUUUGAAGAUUCUUAUUACAAUGUACCCACUUUAACAUAAUCAGCAAUGCACAAAACAAACAUCAGUUAUGUAGAAAAUAAUGUAUAAAUAUUUUUGUUUAAUUGAUUUAAUGCCAAAAUUGUGAAUGCCAAAUAGUAAAUUUGAUUAAAAAUUAUUGUUAAUGUAGAUCAAAAAUUAACCAUGCAUAACGAUUGGUAGAGUAAAUUUUAAGGCCCAACCUAUUUUUCAAUUUCUGCACUGUCAAUACAGGGGUGAUGAAUAGAAUACUAUCAUGCUAAGUUAUUGUAAAAUGUAAAUCACGAAUUCAUUGAAUAGCAACAUUGGGUCAGUUUAUAGUUAUAUAGCCUGCCAUAGCAUCAACCUCAGAUGUGUCCAUAGGUUUGAAAGACAGGAUGGUUGUGUGAUUUAGUUUGAGGGUAAGGAGUAGACAUCAAUUGUUCUAAAAGAUGAUGAAAAAACAAUCAUACCCGUCCAUUAAGUAAGCCCAGCGAGAACUGUCACUUUCUGUUAUGUCUUAUCUCAUGACUUUGACUGGAGUAUGUCUGCAAUUCAUCAAAUAUUACAUGCUGCAUGGCCACUCCUUCCCAUUCUUGCUUCAACCUAUAGGUCCAAGUUUAAGGACUUCCCAGUAAAGUAGUAUUUACCCUAAGAAGGUGAUGUUUUUUGUGUAUUGAAUUUUAAAUGUAUUUAAAAAAAAACUCAUAACAUGGUAUCUAUUUUCAAAUACCCAGUGCAUUGUAAGAAAGUUCUAUUUUGUUACAAUAUCACACCUGCAGUUGGUGAUGUAUAUCAUAACUAAGUAACUUUGUUUUGAAGUAAAUGUUUUAAUCAAUAUAUACAAAAUCUAGUCUUUGGUGAUUAAAGUGAACACUUAACUUCAUUUAUUGCUUCAAAUUCAAAUGGACUUAAUUUAUCACAUAUUGCUCAUGUGCACUCACUACUUGGUGCAUUUGCUAGAGCAGUGUGUUCUGUAAGAGAACUUGCAGUAUGGUCCAUAGAAAUAAAGAAUUCUUCUUAAUCUUCCAUUUUGUACAUAGACUUAAGGAGGCUAUACAGAGUUCAUAAUGAUAAUGCUUGUGUACAGGUUAUGUCAGUGUAUGUUGUGCAUAUGUUUGUAGUGGAGCUGUAAAUUCAGUUGAUAUCCAUGCUUUGUUGAUGGUGUUACAGCAUCACAUAUUGAUGUCUCAUUUAUUAUUGUCUUCCUUGAACUCACAUUCAUGGUUUAUGACUGUUGCUGAUUUUCUUUUAACAAGACAAAAUGAUCUAAUUGAAGAUUCAUUAUUCUAGUAUGAUUAUAGUUGGAUUAGAAAAAGCAGAUAGUUAAUGCUCUUUUCACAUCUGAGAAAAACACUCAUCUGUAUCUUCUUCCUGUCUUCACAAUUUCUUCUCUUUUCCUUGUAUGUCCUAUCCAGGACUUAGUGAAUCAUAAUACUCCAUCCUCUCUCCUGCACUCUCUAUUUCAUUAUUGCUCUUGCCCACUCUAUUCACCGGCUCUCAUUUGAAUUUGUGAAUUCUUUAUGUAUAAAGCUAUAUUUAAGUCAGUUUGGACAGAGCUAUAAAAUUGACAUUCUACGUACAUAUGUGUUUUAUAUGUUUUGGUAAAUAGUAUACUACACCUUAUAUUAGUGUUCAUUGUCGAUAAAUGAGUAGCAAAUCAACUGAGAAAAUGAGAGGGAAAUUCAAUUUUAUAUGAAUAUCAAUAUUUAAUGAAAGGAAAUGAUACUCAAGUCAUCCUUAUUUUCAUUUGAAAUGUUCUUGGCAUUUUCCCACUGUAUGAUACUAUUAAAUAUGACUAAACUCUUUAAAGAUAGCUGUGCUCAAUC